UAAUGAAAAGACUAGAGGAGGAACCCACAAACUGUGGGAAAAGGACGAGCCUGACCGACAAGCUCAUCAAUGGCAAUUCCGUGGCUCAGAAAAGCCCUGUGGAUUUACUGCGCUGUUUACGUCUGUGUCAGGAGGCUUGGAAGCCAGGAAGUCCGUGGGACAAAAAUGGAGCCCAUGCUGCUCUGUGGGGGAGGCCACCAGGGAGUUUUCUGGUCGUACGUGACUCCUGUUCUCAAAAUGAACUGCUCUGUUUGUCCGUUGAUGACCAAGGCAAGACUGUACAAGACUUUCCCAUCCUGCACACUGGAUCAGCUCUGCAACUAAAUACAUCUCACCUGACCUUCUCCAAUCUGCUACAACUGGUGGCCUUCUACGCGUUAAGCAGGGAUGUAUUACCUGUGUGUUUAUUCUUCCCUUCAUGGAUGUAUGGACUGACUGAUAAACCGGACCAUAUGGUUUCACAAUUGGGUCCAAAGGCCUGGCUUUGUCCCACACCUGAACUGUUGCCUGACAUGACUCCAGGGACACCAGACACUCAGGACACUAUAAUGUGCAGAAUACAUUUGACAUCGGCUAGUGGUGCUCUGUGCAUCAUCAACCCUCUGUAUCUUCAAGAGCACGGGGACGACUGGCUGAAUUCCUCUUCAGCCGGUUCACUGCUCUCCCCACGUAUUCAUCCCGUGAAUCACAGGCGAGAGAGGCGGCUGAGCACGGCAAGACAAUGGUCUGGAGCGGCACUUAGGAGGAGAUCCGAGUCUGUGGAGGAAUCGUCCAGUAGUUUCAACAACUCAGGUUCCUCUGUUCAGAGCCCUGCGUCCCCUGUGACAACAAGCCAAGUGGUGUUACGACGAUCGAGCACUUCAAGUAACCCGGAUCCUCAGAAGAGGGUGAGUGCGGAUUCCAUAGGCAGCUCCAUCCCUCAGUCCCCACACCGAGUUUCCUGGGUCGAGGACAAAGUAUGGAUGAACCCACCUCCUCCGUCCUCCCUGCUCCAUCCUCCGUGCCUGGAACUGGAUUCCCUGUCCAUUAGCAGCAUAGAAGAGGAACAUGAACCCGAGCCGGCCGUGAGCCCCUCUCAGUCGCAGAACUCACCGCGCCAUCUGCUGGCGGAUAAGGUUAAGAACAGACUGUCGGCCGUGAGCCAGGUUCUGGGUGGCAUCAUUUGUCCGGAGAGAAGAAUGAGCAAGCGUGUGCAGGAGAUGAGUGAACGGAAGGGCAGCCCUUUUGCCGAAGCUCUGAGGAGAUUUCUGGACCAGACGCUUAAAAUUAAACCUAUGAACGGUGUAACGAGUACAGACAUGCUGCAGGAAGUCCGUUCCUCGCUGACGGCCUUAAAGGAGACGUUGUACGACACCAUCGAGAUCCAAAGCCUCAUAGACUCCAUAGGAGAUGUACCAGACUUCGAGCUCGAUGCCAUGGUCGAGCUCUCCAUGCAUAAAGUGACGCUAAAGCCCCUGCAUUCGCAUCUGUACGCAUGCAUAAAGAUGUUGCACCAGGAUGACGGCAGUCUGCAGCGGCUUCAGGGGAACCAGCACACGCUGAUGGGUCGAAGCCUCGAAGACCUGGAGGGCACAGCUGGAGCUGGUGUGCCAGAUGCUGCCAUGCUGGAGAAGAUCCAGCACCGAUGGGCUACCAUGCAUCAGGAAUACUUGCCCCAAAAGAAGGUGGACACGCUGCUCAAGGUCUGCAAGAAUAUUUACCACAGCAUGACAGCCAAUGCCAAAAGUGGUGUGGUAUUUGGGGCAGAUGACUUCUUGCCCUGUCUAACCUGGGUGUUGUUGCGCAGUGAUGUAGUUACUUUGCAAAUAGACACAGACUACAUGAUGGAGCUGCUGGACCCCUCUCAACUACAAGGAGAAGGUGGAUAUUAUCUGACCUCCCUCUACGCCGCCUUGUUCUACAUUGGCAGCUUCCGUCCCCGUCUGGCUGUACGCCAGCUUAGCGCCGAGGCCCACAAGUCCCUCAGCCAAUGGCAUCGGAGACGCACUCUCCACUGCAACCAGUCGCGCCGCAGCAGGAACCGCAGGACCUUUAAGAGGUCUUCACGUUGUGAAGUAGUCGCUGAGAGCUUAGACGGGAAUACAAGUGCUUCUCAAGAGGAAGAUCAAAAUCAGACUGUUGCUGGUGAUGUUACAGAAGCAUUUCACAGUAUAAAGGAGGAUCCAGAAGUUGAUAAAAAGGGUGAAAAGGAUGGUAAAAAGGACAAAGUGGAUCAGUGACUACAUUGUGAAAAACUUGUGUAAAAAGUCUCUAAGUAUUUAAGUAUUUAUCCUACAAUUUUUGUCCCGCAAACAGUGACACUCUUUAAAUGGGAUUUUAUUAAUGUGACACAACUUAUUUUUAAACACUUU